AUGGCGAAGAAAAACAACAGAACAGCCCACAGCAAAAGAGUGCAGCAGCUAAUUUUGAAGGAGAAGGCGGAAGAGAAGAAAAGGGAAGAAAGAAGACUCAGGAAACAGGGCCUCAGGGACCUCACUGCCCUCCUAAAUUCCGUGGAGAUCGCAGCACCCCGAAGCAGCGAAACAGAAAGCCAAAACCCCACGGGGGCCCCCCAGGGGGGCCCCCAGGGGGCCCCCCAGGGGGCCCCCCAGGGGGCCCCCCAGGGGGGCCCCCCGAGGGCCCCUGAAAAGGCAAGGGAGACAAUUCAUACCAAAAUGAGGUCAAUAGCCACCAGCCGAGAGAACCUGGACGAGGACAUGGAAACAGAUGGCCCCAGCAGCAGCAGCAGCAGCAGCAGCAGCAGCAGCAGCAGCAGCAGCAGCAGCAGCACGGGGCUGUUUAAGGGGGCGCGGACGCUGAAGGCCAUUAAGAAGAAGACAGCAGCAGCAGCAGCAGCAGCAGCAGCAAAACUGGGGGGCUCCGGAAUCGCCAAGGGGACUGCUAGGGUUUCUCUAAACCCUCAGAAAAAAGCUAAACCCUCAAAAGGGGUUUUACUGAAAGGGCUGCUAACCCCCAAGCAGGUCCCCUCGCGCUACAAGGACAUCGUGCGCAGAGUCAACAAGAGACUCAGGAAAGGCGCCGUCGUGGUCACUCCCAUGCAGAUUUGA